UCAUUCAUCACUAUCGUCACGCUUCCAAAACUGGCAUGCGGAAAAGUUCUUUGCGAUAUUUGUUAGUUUCAUUUCGUGACUGGCACUUGACGCCUGCAAUUAUGAAGUUGCUCCCGAUAAUUGCAAUAAUUUAUCUAUUGUUUGCGGCGCAGGCUGCUGCUGGAAGCAAAAAAGAAAAAAGUAUCAAGUUAAGGACUAGUGCUAAAAAUAAAAAGCAAGGAAAAUCUGCGUCAUUGCGAAUGCCGUUGUUGCUUAAUAACAAUCCCUCAAAAAAUGUGUUGAACAGCGUCAGUUCAUCUAGUAAAUCCCAAAUGAAAUUGGAAGAGUUAGAUAAGACGCAACUUCUUAAUAUCAUCAAUAUAAUGGCCAUUUCCAACAACGACAUGCUGGCAAAAAUAACCAGCCAAAUAGACGCCCUGAGUAAAAUUCCAGCGAGGAAAAUUGCUUUUGAAGAUUUAACGAAAAAGGAGGAAAAGUUGCAGCAAAACCCGGCGUUUUCAGGAAUGUUCCCGGGAUCAAAUUCUCCCCCAAGAAUAAAUGAUGCACCUGUCUUACUGAAGCUCCCGACCACUAAUUUUGAGAAAAGUGGUUCUAGCAGCAGUAGUGAAUCGGAGAGCUCAAGCUCAAGCAGUAGUUCGGAAAGUUCCGAGUCCGAUGAAAGCAGUUCUUGGAAUUCAAGUCUUGAACGGCAAGACCGACCACCGGUUACAGUUAGCCAACUGGUAAACAGACCUCCUACUUCAAACAACCCUUCACUAGGUAGUGAAAACUCAUCCAGCAGCAGCUCAUCUUCAUGAAAGGUGUCAAUUGAAAUAUGUUAAUACGUUAAUUGUUCUUUAUGUUUGUUAUUGUUACAUUAAAUCUUUAUUUAUUUAAAUAAUGAGAGCAUGGA